CCUCUCCUCUGUGGGUUGGCAUGGCCCAGUGAUGAACGGAGCGGUGGUGCCCGGUAGCCCGGAGCUCUCCUCCUCGUGCCCACUGCCAGACUGGCGAGAGUUCUGUGAGCUCCAUGCUCGAGCCUCCGCUGCAGACUUCGCUGACAAGUUCCAGCGCUUCCUGUCGGAGAACCCGUGCUACGACUCGCCCGGCGCCGAUGUCAGCUUCUCACAACACUUUGCCCACCACUUCCUGGCGUGCUUUUCUGCAGCGCUGACCCAGGCCCGGGAGAGCCAGGCAUCCUCGCCGGGGGAGGACGGCUCCAACUCAGCACCUAAGUACAGCAUUGUUCCUUUUCUGGGAAUCCAGGGCUGCCCGCUGUCCUACGGACACGACUUUUACCAGAGACGCAAAGACGCCGGGGCUUCAAGUGAAUCCCUCGACAGCAUGGACAGUGGAGGGGGCGGGAUAGAUAGGGGAAGCAGUGGCACCACGGCUUCCCGAGGCCCCCAGCCAACACACAAGGUGUCUGCUCUGGGACAGUCCCGCAGCUCAGAGGACGUGUCGGUCAAUCACCCAAAGACUCGCUUUAAGAAGGGCUUCUCCCUGAGGAACAUGAGCCUCUGUGUGGUGGACGGGGUGAAGGAGAUGUGGCACAGACGGGCCUCCCCUGAACCCGAAGGUCCCUCCGGAGCCAGGAAGGCUAAUGGGGGAGGAGUAGGAGGGGGGGGAGGAGCAGGAGGGGAGGCUGCAAGCGGAGAGAAGUGGUCCCAAAAGCUACGGCUUCCCAGGGGCUCCCAGGGCCACAAGGCUGAGAUGCUGGAGAUCCAGAGGGAGGGAGCGUUGAGAUACAUGGUGGCUGAUGACACAAACUGUAUGGGUGCCGCACAGUGGCAGAAGUGCCGCCUGCUGCUGAGGAAGACGAAGAGGGAUGAAGGAGGCGAGAAGUUCCUGCUGGAGUUCUACGUUCCACCCAAGUCCUCAAAGCCCAAAGUGAGCAUCCCUCUGUCAGCCAUAGUGGAGGUGCGGACCACCAUGCCGCUGGAGAUGCCUGACAAGGACAACACUUUUGUUCUUAAGGUGGAAAACGGGGGCGAGUACAUCCUGGAAACCAUCGACUCACUGCAGAAAAACUCCUGGGUUGCUGACAUCCAGGACUGCAUAGACCCUGGUGACAGCGGCGAUGAUAUCGAGCUGGCGUCAUGUCCUCAUGGUCAAUCCUCCAAAGACUGCUCCAUGGUGGCCUCUUGCAGCUGUGAGCUGCUGUCUGAGGGUGUGUAUCGUGCUCCAGAGAGGCCAUGUCCUACAACAGCAGAGCAUUACAGCGCCCCGUCAGUCCGUUGCAGGGAACCCCCCUUCACCCAGCACCCGUCCCACAUGCCUUUAGAGCGCUUCCUCCAGUCCCCAGAGGCCCAGGGCUCCACCUCUUCUGCAGGUGGCAUUGAAGGAGCGAAAGAGUCAGAUGGCGAUGCCAGCCUGGCGGGUUACCCAUGGUUCCAUGGUACCCUGUCCCGCGUGCGUGCGGCUCAGUUAGUGCUAGCAGGCGGGGCCAGGAGCCACGGGCUCUUUGUGAUUCGUCAGAGCGAGACACGGCCGGGCGAGUACGUCCUCACCUUCAACUUUCAGGGCAAAGCCAAGCAUUUGCGUUUGUCAGUGAAUGAGAACGGGCAGUGUCACGUCCACCACUUGUGGUUCCACACCGUGUCGGACAUGUUGAGACACUUCCAUGCCCACCCCAUUCCCCUCGAAUCAGGAGGCUCUGCUGACAUCACGUUACGCUCCUAUGUACAAGUGCAGCGAAGUUCCACCACAGAUGUGACUGUGCCUCCGGUCCUCACCCCUCCCAGGGAUGCAGGCUGCCGGACAGAUUCAGCCCAGCCAGCUCUCCACCCUCCUGGGAUCACCGCGCCUGCAGGGCCCCCUCCCGAUACCCCGCUGUCAUCGAGCACCUCCUCCUCACCCAUCGCCCUUCCCUCCCUCUCCCGCAGUGACCCAGGUACUGGAGGAGGAGUAGGAGAAGGGUUGCAGAGCCGGAGCAACAGCUCUGAACGCCUGCUGGAUGCCUCUAGUGGUGCAUCCGACGACUACCACGACGCUGACGGGACUCGCAGGGCCCGGGCAGUGGAGAACCAGUACUCUUUCUACUAAACGGCCCAGGGCAGGGUUCAGUCAUGUAUUGGAGGUGACAUGGGACGCUCUACUGAUGUUGAAAACGGUCCAAAUCACUGGAUCGCCCAUCAUUUUGUUUGUUUUUGUUUCAAGGCAAUUUCCUGUUUCUGUGAUUUGAGAAGAAAGGCUAGAGCAUGGUGAGCAGUGCGUCCACGCUGACAAAUCCCUCAGGCUCUGCGGCUUCGUUUGAAACUCAGUUGUCAAGAAUGCCAGUGAACAGAGAAAUAGAAGGCCACAGGAAGUAAUAGAGAUGUUGAGAUUGAGCAGCGAAGAUGAGCGUAGGCGGACAAAAGCAAGAGGAAGUCACCCAAUGGAGUCAUAUAGCUUUGAUACAUCUCUCCUGACCACUUCCUGUUCACCCUUAGCCACAGUUCCCUGGGAGCAGAGCCUGUCUCACAUCCCCACUGAAGGACUGAGAGUUUGAAAUGUUCCUCCCCUCCGAGCUUUUCCAAGCUCCCGAGAGCAUCUCUAUUAAUGUUUAUAAAGCUGCUUUGAGUUUGUCCCGGAUAUCCUCAGUGUCCCUGCAGGGUUUUCCUACAAAGUCCUGCUCUGGGUCUCUGCUCGACUCUAACAUCAGCAAUCAUGGGUGUGUUAGUGUUAGCUCAGAGAUGUUUGUCUUAAACAUGUACAGCCUAAAGGGUCUUAGUGCCUGACAAUUACCUUGGACUUGAACGGACUGUUAGUGAUAGAUAGUGACAAGGAAGAUGGUGUCGACAUCUUGCGUAAUCACAAAAGCUCCAAAACGUAACACAGGUGAUUAUUUCACUUUCAGUUUCUGCUUAAAACACUGAACGUAUCCCUGCCUAUUGAAAUGGUGCACACACACACACACACACACACACACACACACACACACACACACACACACACACACACACACACACACACACACACACACACACACACACACACACACACACCCAUAUGUUGUGUUACAAAUCAGUUGAAAUGGAGGAUGAACAACACACGUUCAGUCUGUAUGAAUAUGACAGGGUGGCUCCCAUUUUGCUGUCAUACCGGGGUUAUUUCUAUGAGUGUGCGGUGGCGUAUUAGAGUCCAAAUAUUUUUCAAUGAUUGGUGUGCUACAAUAGUGUUUCUAAAACAUGGUUUCAAGGUCCCUCCUUCGGGUGCUGGUUCUGUAUUCAAGCUUAUCAUAUCAAUAACCUGUAGAUUAGAUAUGCUGUUAAUAUAGGAGUUCACUUUGAAGUAAUGCUUUAAAGAUAUUAUUAUACCAAAUCCAGCAUUUAGGCUAUAGGAGGGACUGGGGACUUGUUUUUCUAGAAAGGUGGCAGUAUUGCGUACCGUUUGUGCGGCCUGGUGUGGACUGGAACGGAACAGACAGUAAGGUAAAGGGUACUAAAUGGCCAUGCUUGAAUGGAAAGAUGGGACAUUGCUGCUUUCAUUUAUGCUGAGAGAUUACUAAGCUUUUUAAGUUCAAAAGAAAACCUAUAUUUCACACUAAAAAAUACUUGUUACUGUGAGUAUUGACUUUCAUUAUAACACAAAAUAUCACUUAAAAUAUCCACUUAAAGGGAAAGUUUGACAUUUUGGGAAAUAUUCGCUUCCUUGCCAAGUUAAAUGAAUUGAUACCAUUCACAUAACAGUGGUAUCCUCUCAUAAAUCACACAAGUGUACUUCCCAAAAUGUCAGCUUUUCUUUUACAGCAUGUUAGACACACCUGAAAACAUGAACAGAAAAGCAGGCACCUUUCAGCUACUGUAUUUCAGACAUAUGCAGCACUUUUGUUCAGUUGGAAUAAACAUAUCAAACGUCAACGUCUGUCUUUUCGAACACGGCCAUUUAGCUUCAAAGGUGAGAUUUCAGUCGAGGAACGGGCGGAGCAGUUCAUGUGCCAAUUUGAAUCCUAUUUUUGAAACAUAUUUAUUCCUCAGCCGUUGUAAAUUACAUUUUUUCCUAUUGAGUCUUAUUUAUGUACAAUUAAUUGAUUCUUCUUAAUGAAACGCCCUCAGUGGAACCUGUCUGUUGCAAGAGCCUAUCUCACAUAUCACAGAUUGCUCAUGCCUCCCUUUUAUUUUCUUAACACUUCUUAAAAGCUACAUUUUCUGUUGUCUGACUGAGUUUUGAAGAGUCUGUGCAAUUUUGUACAAAGUGAUGUACUUGACAUACUACUUUAUAUUUCUGUGAAUAAAAUGUGAACAAACUA